AUAAAAAACUCAAUUUUUAAAAAAUUAAAUCAAAAAAAUCGAAAUCAAAUAAAUUUUAAAAAUUCAAAAAUACAUUUUUUAAAAGAAAUCAACAAAACAUGAUCUCAAUUUUUUACCUCCCUCCCAAAUUUCGCAAUGUUCGAAUUUCCCACAAAACCCUAUCUCUGAUUUCGUUUUCCCUCUCUUUCUUUUCACGCUCAAACAGUAAAUUCACCAAAAGAAAAGCCCUAAUUUCCAAACCCCCUUAACGCUAACACGCAGUGUACUCUCCGCUCAACUCUUUCCUUAUCCACACACACUCACACACAGAAAUGGCUUCCGUGAAUGCUAUCUCCACCGCCUCGAUCCUCACUUCUCCCAAACAGGAGAGUGAAUCAACUACUGCAAGGUCAGAAGAUGAAUUACAAUGGGGCGUCCUCGAGUCGGCGGUUCAUGGUGAGAGCUGCUGCGAAGGAGAUCGCGUUUGACCAGAGUUCGAGGUCUGCUCUUCAGGCAGGCAUCGAUAAGCUUGCUGAUGCUGUUGGCCUCACUCUUGGUCCUAGAGAUAUCUCAAGCCUUUGAGGAAUAUUCUAUGUGAAAUGCAGGUGGCCAGUCUAGCUGCAUUUUGGAUGAUCAGAAUCCUCAUUCAUAGCAAAAAGAAGUAAAAAAA